GUUCGCUGCCUGUUUUGAUAUUUUGUUUCUCUUCCAGCCGAAAAACGACAAAAUAAUAAUUUUCGUAAACAUUACUGAACUUACGCAAAUUCUCCAACCAUGCCUAAAUCGAAAGACAAAACGAAAGGUGCCAAGAAAAGGCGUAAAUCUCCUACCAUUGUUGAUGUCAACACAGCUGAAAGCGAUAGAAACAGUUCAAAACCCGGUGCAAAGAAGAAAAAGCUUCAAAAGCGAAGCGGUAUAGAAGGAAUUGACAAAUCUAGACAGCUAAAAGAAAGGCUAAAGAAACCACGCGCGUCAAGAUCUUCAACGUCUGCAAGAAACAAAGACCCAAAACUAUGUGGAAACGGUAUGCCGAUGCCACCAUUAUCGGAGCUAGAAAGAAUGUACGAAGACUCUGAUGGCAAUGAUGAUCCGCCAGAAAUAAAACCAUCAACCACUCCGGACAGAUCAAUAAACCUAGAGCCAAAACCUGGCACCAUGAUAACAGGUGGAGAAACAAAAUUAUUGUCUCCAAAUACUCUCAAAAAAAUUGCAUCUAGAGUAUUGGAUAUGAUUUCUAAUUCAACUGAAGAUAGCCCUCCAUCAUCAAUUAUUCCUCCAAAGAAGCCAAAUAAAAGUGGUAUUCCUUACAUAGUUGGCUGUAAAGAUAGAGAGCAAGUUCCUUGGGCACCAAAAACAAGUUUUUGCAAAGGCAGUCCUAAAUAUGGAGUGGAACCACAUGAUGAAGAGGAAUGUAAAGGAGAAAAUGUUGGACCUCAUUACGCAAAUGUAUCAAAAUCUAUUUUUAAUGCCCAAAGUGAAGAAAUUGCAGAAAGACUAAAAGAGCUUGAGAAACUUGAAAAUGUAUUAACUUCAAUGACACCAACAACUCAAACUACAGCACGCAGUGGCAGCCCUGAUAGCAAUAAAACAGUACCAUAUGAUUUUCCUGACUCACCUAAAAGUGGACCACGAUCAUUCUCUCCUCUUCCCAGUACAUCUAAGGACAGGGAAACAAUUCUCAAAAAUGAUAAACUUUUUAACCAGAGCUUAAAAUGUGAAAGUGUCCACAGUAAUAGUUCACAGGAGGAGGUUGAAAUAGUGGAAGUACCAUGUGAGACAAUUAUUAUUGAUGAUACUGUACCUGAUCUACCUAAACCAGAACCUAUGGAUGUUGAUUUUGACCCUGUAGACCUUGAUGAUGACUGUUGUGUUAUUGUAGAAUCAGAAACAAAUAUAAAACCGAAACAAAACUCGUUAAAUCCUAUAGAAACCAAAGAUGAAAUAUAUGGCAGUCUAGAUCUAACUCAAAGUUACGAUGAUAAUGAAGUAUGUGAAAUUAUAGAUGUUGAUGAUGUAAUAUCAGAAAAUAGGGCUUUACUUGACAAGUAUAGAAGAGAAAAUAAUUUGGAUUCUGUGAUACUUGUUGAACCUAAUACUACUGCCAUUAAACAGAACACAUUAAAUCAAGAACCUAGUAGUGCUAGUACAUUCAGAGAACCCAGGCAAAGUUAUUCAAAUGGUCCAGUUCUUGCUACAGUAGAAAAUGCUAGUUCACGAACUUCAGUAAUGAAUUUCGCACCACCUGUUGAAAACAGAAAUGAUAUUAGAGAUGUAGUAACAAGUUUCUUUAGACAAAGACCCAAUCAUAAUUUUGGAGGUGGUGAGCGUGCCCCUUUAGAGGUUAUCAGCAAAGAUGAUUUACCAAGUCCAAACCAAGAUAACGAAUCAAACAAUGCUGUAGGUAGAAUUUUGUCAUGGCUGACAUCCAUGUCUGGUAUGAUUACAGAUAGCAAAGCAAAGAGAAAACGAAGUAGAGAGUUAAUACAAAGCAAUAGACGUGGUACAGAAAUUACGGUUGAGGCUAGGCCCCGGACUAGUGCCGAAGUAACUGAUAUACUCACUCAAGCAUUGGCUAAUGCAAACCAACAGCACACUCAGCAUCACACUCAGAAUCAGCAGCAACAAAAGUCUUUAUCUCAACAGCACUCACUGCAGCUACAGUCAAUAGAUAAUUCUUCAAAAGGCCUUGGAGACUGUCCUAUUUGCAUGGACAACCUUUCAAAUAAUGCAAUAGCUUCUACAUUAUGUGGACACAUCUUUUGCAUGAGUUGCAUAAAAACAGCUAUAAAAGCCAAUGGCAAAAGGUGUCCAACUUGUCGUAAAGCACUUAAAGGUGUUGGCUACCACCAACUUUUCUUGUAAAAUGUGUUUUAUACUAAGCACCAACUGUAAAGUUUAGGCUUAAGUAAAAUGUACACCUUAGAUUUGUACUAAAUAUUAUUUUCUAUAUCUGUGAUGAUUAAAAUGUAUUGAUUUAUGGAAGGGAUAUGAAGAAAAAGAAUUUGUCUCACUUAUUUUUUUAGUUUUUACAUUCCUAAAAUCACAUAACAUCUUACUUUUAUAAAGGUAACAUUCCUAAAAAAAUAUAUUUUUUAUGCUACCUCGUAA